UCCGGAGCAGAAGCUGUGAAAGCGAAGCCGGAAGAUGGCGACGGAGGGCAAGGAGAGGCCCUGACGCUGCUUGCCACCUACUGCGGCAAGAGGCUGAGUCUGACAGUCCCAAACCAGCGCCAGGUGGGCGGACGUCGUGCAAGGCUUGAGUCGAGACGCUCACACGGCAAGUGACGACCUGCCACUCUCGCUCCUCUACCAGGGCGACCCCAUCGACGACAUGCACCUCUGGAGGUGGCGCUGGCGAAAAUGAAAGGACAGUGAUGCCAUUCAUCUGGUGAAGAGAAGCGUUCAGACCUCCGGGAAGACACGGUCCACAAGAGCAUGUACCCGUGACGGAUGGCUGUAUGCUUACUGUAGCACCUGCGAAGGACUCGGUAAGAUUAGACCCAUCUUCAAGUGCUCCAGUUGCAAAGAGGAAGGAGGCUUCGAACGCCAGAUCGCUGAGGCCAGUGGCUCAUUUGACGGGAGUACCCUAAGAGCGGAUCAUCGGGACUUGCAAACUGUGCAGAGAAGACAUGAGUGUACGUGCCCAAAUCAGUUCCAAUGCCAAGUGUGGCCUGCGAGGAAAGAGGAGACAGGCCAUCUCCGGCAGAUCAGGGACAACAUCCACGAUAUUCCCUGCAUGAAGUGCUCCUUGAGGCAGGAAAUUGUGAUCCAAAUGCGCUGCAGUUGUCGGCAUUGCAUGUGUCUCGUCUGCUUCCGCAACAUGUGUAGAGUGAAACUAGACAACAACUCUUUCGGAAACUUCGAGGGUUUUGGCUACUCUGUCUGCUGCCCAGGCACUGGAGCCGAUUGUAAAGAUGUUCCCAUUCUGGAUCCUCAUCAUUUCAAGAUUGUGGACGAGAACCCUGCCAUGGAUGGAACCUUUUACAAGAGGUUCAAAGACAAAUCGUUGGACAACUAUCGUCCGUCUGGAGACGACAUUCUGUGUGUCUGUAAGAAGGAGAUUACGAUGUCUUCUGCUCGCUCCGUGCCAUCUGAGCCAGUCAAGCAGCAAGAGGCUCAGUCAACUGUCGCAGGACAAAAGUGGUACUCUUCUUGGGUGAGUAUCUUCAAGAAGAAGCAGGAGCCAGCCACGCCCCCUGCACCCCGCAGGACUCGCCGCAAGGCCAGCUGUGCUGACUGCAGCACCGAGUACUGCAUGGAGUGUAAGAUGGUCUGGCACACCGGGGACUGCCCCGUCGUCGACGACAAACAACUGAAAGAACAACUACCCGCUUCUCUGGUUGACGGUAUGGUGCUUCGCUGGAGGCCUUCUCUCCAGUUUCCUAGUCUUCCAGUAUCACCAGCUGCCAAUGGCCACCCCAGACCCACUGUGUCAUGCCCCGUGUGUUCCCAGGACAACUGCCUUCGUCAUCCCAACCAGCCUGCUCGCCAGUACCUCCAGCCAUGGGAUGGUCUGACAGUGCCUUCUACUGUGGACACCGCACUAACUAAAUUUUUAGAGCUAGUUUUGGAAAAAUUCAUCUACUCUUGGCAAAGGAACCUUCUCCAUGACGAUGCAUUUGUGGACGAGGUCCGUGUGUCCAUCAGACAUGCAGCCUCAGUUGUUCUCAGGAGGACCCAGCAGAUCGACAUUCCAUUGCUGAUUACUGGCAAGAUAAUGAGGGUUGCGGCUGCACACUUUCACACCUGUCUGAAGGCCAAAGAGAAGUUACCUGCAGGAGCAGACGUGUGCAAGCUGGAAGCCGCUGUUCUGAAGGAGCUCGGAAGCCACACCCACUCCGCUCUCCGAGGACCGACGGCAGAAACCCACUAUUUUCAUCACCUCUUGUCUUCAGCCCUCCCUCUCCUCCUCCCCUCACAUCACAACCAGAGCAGGGUCAUGCGAGAGCUCCUUCAGGAGCUGUUUGCUGCCAAGGUGUUUGUCCCUGCACUUCACUUUGUCUCCAGACCAGAAUUUGUGAAUAAGAUAUUGACCAUCGUCUUCAACAAGGGCUCUAGGGUACACAAGACCGUCGUUCCAGCUCCUCGUGAUGUUCAAUUCCUCGCUGCCUUUGCCCAGCGACGCAGUCCGACCUUUGGACCCCUGCGUCCCUCUCUCGGCUCCGUCGUGAACACACCCACCGAACUGUAUGGCUUCAUUCAGUACAUGAAGUCUGUGGAGGCCAUAGGAGUGCUGAACCUCUUUCUGACACUCAACCCCACCCCCUCACUGGCUGCUGCUCUCUCUCCCUCGCUGAGCCCCGCCCAGAGGUGGGCGUGUCUGCGGGACUCUCGGCUGGUCCAGAGAUGUACCAUCAGGUCUACCAACUACUGGAGGAUACCUACUACCCUCACUACUGCCAGAGUGAGCAGUUCUAUUCCAGGUACCUGGUACCGCAGUCAAAUGGGUUCAAAGGUCGUACGGAACGUGGGCAACACCCCUCGUCUGGAACGAGCAGCUGAGAGGAGGCGUGGCCGAGUUUCCCAACUCUCCGCCCCCUCGUUGGAGGACCUCAACAGUGACUCCAGAUCAGAGCACUCUGACUCUGAGUGUGAUUCCGGGGACUUGGUACCAGUCCCGGCCAAGGUCCAGAUUGUGGAUCAGGAGACCCAGUCUGGAGUCAAGCCACACACCAUGUACGUCAUACUCAGCUGGUGGGAGGGAGAUGAGGGGAAGUCAAAGACAAUGAAAGUCAAAAGGAGGUUCAAAGAAUUUGCUGAGUUGGACACUCGACUCCGACAGUUUUACGCUGAUCUGCAGCUCCCUCCUCUACCGUCCAAGAGAACGCUGCGGAACAUGGACAGCUCAUUCGUGGCAGGGAGAAGCCGAGACCUAGAGACAUACCUGCAGGCCCUCCUGCAGCUGCCCCCCAUCAGCUCCAGCCACCUCCUCUCCUCCUUCCUCUCCAAUACGUCCGACCCUUCCCUCUUCAUGCCUGACUCCAUGGGAGAGAGGGCCGGAAAGAUGAUCAAAUCAGUCACUGUCCCCGGACGAAACAAAGAGAAGGGGUUGUUACUGACGGAUCUGUUGCAGAGAUUGGUCCAGACCACAGAGACUGUGUCCUCACAGCCGAGCGAGGAGGUAAUAGAGAGGGUAGCCAUGGCAACGAGACAGUGGGAGGAAAAGACGGAGACGUACCAGCGGCAGUUGGAGGAAGAUCUGUCUCAUUCCCAGACCAGUCGCAUUAAACCAGGGGAGAGGGCAAGAGAUACACCAGAGCCACUGGAACUGGAAGGAAUCAUGGAUCUAGUGGUCUACAUUGCUGUGAGGGUGUUCAAGGUGACUCAGCUCCAAAUGGCGGUCCUCCUCCUGAUCAAGAUGUUGGGUCAGAGAACUAUUGAGACCUACAUUCACCAUUUUGUGUCAAGAAAGGUGGAGCUGCUGUCUCAAGAGAGGGUGUUAGCUGAGCUCAUCGCACUAAUCAGAGAUAACCUGUUUCCUGGAGCCGGCAAUCCUCCAGGAGAGGUGGUGGGGAGAUUGUCUGGGGAGGAGGGAGACUUGGCUUGGCGGGCCCUCGGCCAGCUCCUCAGCUACCCUCCAGAGCUCCUGGUGACUGCCCUUGGACAGGACCGGUACAGAGGGGGUGUGGUCAUCUUGUUUGAGUUUCUCCAGUGCCACGCCCUCAACAAACAGCUGUUCUACUCUCUGCUGGAUGUCAUAGUGACGGAGUUGUUCCCCGAGCUCAACCACACCACAGACCAACAUUCCGCAUGAGCACCAUGGCAACUGAUUGUCAAUCACCCCAGCGUCACACUUGCCACACACAAAGUUAUAUUUUCUUAUGUGGAGAGAAAGCUAUCAUCAGUAAUCACAAAAAUUCAAAAAUGUGAUAUUGUUAGGCGUAAAGUACAAUUAUUGAAACAUCGAAGAAUGACCUACAUUACAUAAUCUGAGAUAAUUGUUAGUGUGAUUCCUACAUGAUGGCAACUUCGGCCAUAAAUUGGUAAAUCUCGUUAAGAAAUUAAUGCUACAUAAUAUGUUCUAAAUUUGUGUGAGGUGUGGGGUCAAAGGUCAGAUGUUACUCUCGUCCGUGGGGUCGUGGCCGGUCUGUUGGGUCUGCUCCAGACGGCGGUGACGGAAAUUCUCAUAGUGGACCUUGUCUGUUGUCUCCUUUAGAUCCUGCAGGUGGGUCUUGAUGAGCAUGUCCCUCAGCUGAGAGAACUCGCAGUGUUUCCUGUUCUCCACUUCGAUGAAUCCCCACUUGGUCUGUCUCCCCAGCAGUUUCUUACCCCCCACAGCCACUUCACGGUCGCUGCCUAUCACUGCAAAUGGGAUGUAUUGCUCAAUCUUGUGAUUAGCGGCAGCAUCCUCCUCGUCCUCGGCGCCGUAGGCUGUGGGGUAGAUGUUGAUGCCGUGGAAAUGGAGGUCUUCCUUAAUCCUCUGUUUGAAGCUGUCCCUCUCCUCGAUGGUGAGGGUAUCGGCCUUUGCGAUCACCGGGACGACGUUCACAAAACCGUGGAGGUGCUUCAUGAACUCCACGUCAAUGGGACGAAGGCUGUGUCCAGUCGGAGGAAUGAAGUAGAGACAGCAGUGGACGCGAGUGUCUGGGAUCACCUUCUUCCUAUUAAUGCUCACCUCCUCGUUGAGGUAGCGAUCAAACUGUUCAUUCACAAACUCGGCGAUUGGCUCCCAACACUUGUCGUUGUUGACCUGGUCUCCGAACCCUGGGGUGUCGGUCACAGUUAGCUUCAGACGGACUCCCUGCUCUUCUAUCACAUGACUGACAGACAUGACCUCGGUGGUGGGCGGAACCACAUGGGGACCGGGAGUGGCUGCGGUGCGGCUGAUCUUGGCACGGAAUAGGGUAUUGAUGAGAGUCGACUUCCCCAAUCCAGUCUCCCCUACGACCAUGAGAUUGAGCUCAAAGCCUCGUUUGAUUGAUUUCUUCUUGAUCUGCUCCUGGAUCGUGUCGAAUCCAACGUAGCCGCUCAGCUUCGUGGACAGGUUACCCCAGCGAGUGGUUUGGGACAUUACGUCCGCCAUUAGCUCCAGGAACUCGGCAAACGACAUCGUACCGUCUCCUUCCCUCUGACUGACCCAGAACUGGAUUAGCUGCAGGUCGCUCUCCUUGGCAGUGGAUCCCAGGACCUUCCCUGCCAGUGACGGUACGACGCUGGUAGGCACGUUCCCUGAUUCCUCCGUGUCAGCCCCUCUGAAGAUCUUGGCUAUUACAUCGUAUUGGCCCUGCGUGAGGAUAAUGCCUGCCUCCAUGUCUGACAGUUGUCUCUGUCUCUCCUUUCUUUCUCCACAGACAAGAUUUCGACUUUAGAGAGUCAACGUCUCCCUAGCUCACACACAGUCCACACCCAAGUC